AUGUACAGCAUGAGUGAGGAUUGUGUAUUGCCUGAUGCCUUAUUAUUUGUUCUGUCAGUUUUUUUCAGGAAGAUCUUCAUCUUACAACUGGUGGGGCUGGUGCUAACCUACAAUUUCACUGACUGUGACUUUGAAAAGAUUAGAAAGAAGUAUCAGGAAGUCAUUUAUCAAGCCCUGGAUAAAUAUAUGAAUGGGACCAAGAGCACCGGAUUCAACAACUACAUCUACUGUGAAGACCCGCCAGAUUGCCUCACUAAAAUCAACCGCAUUACCUUCUAUCCCAACCACGGCUGCACGUCACUGGCCCAGGAGGUCUUCGCAGUGAGGACUAAUGCUGCGCUCACUCUCCAUUGCCCCGGCUACUCGGGAAUGCAGAUGAAUAAUACCCAGGCAAAGAAGAAAAGAAAGAAAAGAGAAGCUACAACAAAUAAAUGCUGGGAACAAGUCUCACCCUUAAUAGAAUUGUGGCGGCGAUUCAGUCGCAUUUCAUAGAAACAAAAUACACCUGUCCUAAGGCUGUAUUUCACCCCAACAAAGUAAAUCAUCUUUAUUAGGUAGAUGUAAUGUUGACUCUAACUGUGACAUUUUAAAGACCACCAAUAGUUAUUUUUUUAAUCACAUAAGUGUUUCUUAACUUAUUUUUAUAAGCUUUUAUUAUGUGAUGUGGGUUUAUACUACAGGGGAUAUACUACCCCUCAAACGUAUGGAGGGACUGUGGUAGCAGUGACGCCUGGGCCACUGGCUUGGUGUGGUAAUUCUCUGCUGGAACUACAUAAGCCUUCCUUUCAGGGAAGAGUCUAAACAUGUAGCGGAAGGAAAAAAGAGAAGGUUGAGAAAGGAAAAGGUUGAACUCAAGAGCAUGUAAACCUCUGGUUAAAAGGCAGGUGUUUCUUCAAUGUGUACUGAUACUUAUUGUGUUCUCAAACUAAAAAUGUACAAAAGAAAAAUAAAAUCAAAAAGUGUGCACAAAAAAUUGUGCGUAUAAUGAAGCAAUCUGAGAGAAUUUUUCAAGCAAGAUUGUGCAAGUAUUGCCAAUCGAGUUUUAAAAAUUAUCUGACAAAAAUGAUGUAUAUGCAAGCAGAUCCUGAAGAAGUACCUUCAUUAAAGCUAAAAUGUAUUUUUUUUAAGUUAUGGAAUAUAUUUUUAAUUUAUUUGUAAGCACUUUUUAAAAUGUACAUGUUGCGCUUUUGUAAUGGACACUAUGUUUCUUAAUAAAACAAUUCUCAAAUUA